GCGCACACACACACACACAGUUGUCGAUCUCUGUUUCUCUCUCCCUCAUAAACGCACACACACACACACACAUACAUACAUACACACACUCUCUCUCUCUCUAGUUUUUUAAGCCGCCGACUCCGUGGACGGCAAGAGUCAUUCUUCUAGCCGGCGGGACGACCCGGAGUUGUUUUCCGGAGAACCCAUUUAAAUUAUCUUCGUAGAUUUCUACAUCUAAUGCAACACCUGAGCAUCCAUCUCCGUGUAGCUAGAUUUCAGCCCCCAUGUAAUGGUAACCUUAGAAAUUUUAGUCAAACCCCAGAAGUUGUUGCUCUCUCCAUUUCCACCGGCGACCCUGUUCAGUACACUUAGGAAUUUCACUUAUUUUGUCCUCUUGUCUCACCGGCGAUCGAAAUUUCUUUGGUUUUUGGCUGGUUGUUUUAGCUUUAUUGUUGUUCUAGAUUUGGGUACUGGUAAGAAACUGGUUGUUGGGUGCUAAGUAUGAAAGACUGACAAAUAGAUACCCGAGCUUGAUAAGCUAAAAGAAAAUUCUAGAGAGCUGAAUUUUCUUCAAUAUAAAUGCCCACCUAAGAUUUUUUUCUUUGUAGCAAACCCAAAAAACAAAGAUCUCGCCGUUCCAUAUCUGCUGAUUUUGGAUAAUCUUCCACCAUGAAUGAUUCCACAGUUUCCGGUGAUUCCUCUUCGGGUAAUCAAGUAGCCCCUCCAAAAGCUGCCAAGAAGAAGAGAAAUCUGCCCGGAAUGCCAGAUCCUGAUGCUGAGGUGAUUGCUUUAUCACCGAAGACUUUGUUGGCAACGAACAGAUUUGUGUGUGAAAUCUGCAAUAAGGGUUUUCAGAGGGACCAGAAUUUGCAGCUUCAUCGGAGAGGUCAUAAUUUACCCUGGAAGCUUAGACAGAAGUCAAGUAAAGAUGUCAAGAAAAGGGUUUAUGUUUGCCCAGAACCGAGCUGCGUUCACCACGACCCAUCGCGGGCCUUGGGCGAUUUGACGGGGAUCAAGAAGCAUUUCUGCAGAAAACACGGGGAGAAGAAGUGGAAAUGCGAUAAAUGUUCCAAGAAGUAUGCAGUUCAAUCAGACUGGAAGGCGCAUUCGAAGAUUUGUGGAACCAGAGAGUACAAAUGUGAUUGUGGAACUCUGUUUUCGAGGAGGGAUAGUUUCAUUACACACAGGGCUUUUUGUGAUGCAUUAGCAGAGGAAAGUGCAAAAACCCAGACUCUUGUUGCACCUACAAGUCCUGAUGAGGAUAAAAAUGUUGAAGCUGCUGCAUCACCACCACAAUCGCCACCACCGCAGGCCUCUCCUGCACCGCCGUCGCGGGCCUCUCCUGCACCACCACCAGCACCGCCUUCACAGGCUCCAGCACCUCCAGUUCCUCCUUCAACUGCUGUGUUGUCCUCUGUUUUGCCUGUUCGGAGUCCAGAGUUGCUAGAAAGCAGCAGCCCGAAUCCCACGACGACACAGAUUCCAGAGGAAACACCAUCAGUAACGAACUUGACCGCAAGCUGCGGUGGCAGCGGCAGCAGCAGCAGCUCUAGCAGUAAUGGAAGCUCAAGCAGUAAUGUCUUUGCUAGCCUGUUCGCUUCAUCGACAUCUUCGGGAAGUCUUCAUUCUCAAACGACUGGAUUUACAAACUUGUUUGGAGCCAUAGCUCGUCCCACCUGUACACCAGACGUACCACCAUCUUCGUCUUCAGAACCCGUAUCCCUUUGUCUUGCAAUGAGUCAAGGGUCAUCGAUUUUUGGAACGGCAGGGCAAGAACGCAGGCAGUAUGCUCCUGCCCCACAGCCUGCAAUGUCUGCCACAGCAUUGCUACAGAAGGCAGCUCAGAUGGGCGCUGCUGCAUCAAAUGGUUCACUGCUGCGGGGACUUGGUAUCGUGUCUUCUUCCUCAUCCUCCACUGGUCCUCAGGAAUGGAGUCAGCAGCGACUCGAGCCUGACGGUUUAUCAUUAGCCGCCGGUCUCGGUCUGGGACUGGCCUGUGAUGGCGGGUCGGGCUUGAAGGAAUUGAUGUUGGGAACUCCAUCCGUCUUCGGUCCUAAGCACCCUACCCUUGACCUGCUUGGGUUGGGGAUGGCUGCUAGCGGUGGCUCGACUGACGGCCUAUCAGCUCUGAUGACUUCCAUCAACGGCGGCCUUGACGUUUCCGCUGCACCACCCCCAUUUGGUGGUGGUGAAGAAUUUGGUAGCAAAGACAUACGUAGAAGCUGGUGACUUGGGAUAGCCAUAUUGCAUUACAUGUCCAUAUGGUUCUUUCGUUACAGAACUCGUCUUUUAGCAACAUUUGUUAGCCCACACGUUGUUGCUCACAAACACACUAGUUGGUGGAGGCAGAGGAGCAGUUGAACCUCUUCAAUGUUGUUGCCUGCCGCCUCUUGAUGGAAAUGGCCAGAGUCACAGGGCCAGUUUUUGGCCUUUUUCUAAUAUAUUAAGUAAUUAAAACUUUUAAUAUGUUCCUACCCCUUUAUAAAUUAAUACACGCUUAGAACUCAUUAAUGUUGGAAACAGUCAACUUGAUUAUUUAUGUGGAGAGUGGAACCAAAUUUACUGUA